GUGUGUCUUUGAAUGUGAGUCUAGCUGGAGCUGGGUCACAUUCUGUGUGCUCAAAGACAGGGAAUAAUGAUUGCAAUAUUUUCUAAGCAGUAACUCCCUUCUCCAUCAGUAAGAAACUCGCCUCCCAUUAUUCUCAAAAUACAUAUUUGCUCAAUUCCAUACCACUGAGAAAAACUUACUAAUGAGAGUUCAAUAUAGUUCUUUUUAAUUUUUAGCACGAAGGUACGUUGUCAAAAUACUCCUCCCAUCAGACACCACCCGCCAGGGCCCCAAACACCGCCCAGUCGAUGAUACUGUUCAUGACUCUCAUGUUAAAACCAAAAUGCCUGCAUCCACCUCAACUCCUCUCCAUUAGAAUGUGCGUGUGUGAGGGAGAGAAAGAACAAAAUCCUAAAAUCGACAGCCUGGUAGGUCAGUGCCGCUGCUCCAAAGCCGCAGGGGCGCUGCACACGCCGAAGCUAAAGGCCGAAAGCCUGGAGGCCUGUUGGGUCUGGAGGGACUUCCGGGCGCGUGAAGCGACAAGACCACACCUGCCUGAACGACAAACUCUCUUCUUUUGACCAACCCGUCCCCCUUUCCUGUCUGCCAUUCCAGCAACGGCCGACUACUCGGUUUGUUUUACCCAAGCCAACGUCGAAAAACGACUCCGCUUCCAACGCGCACCGUACCGCGCGUGGGCAAAGGCCUCGAGGCCGGCCUAGUCGCUGUCACUGCGCAUGCUCCAUCCACUGGUUAGCCGACUCCCAGCAGGUUUUGACCCCUGUUCCUUAAUCUGGAUAUCAUGCGCACGCGUGUCUACGGCUGCUGGGUUCCAACGUUCUCCAGCUUUCUCCCCACAGUAAGGAGACGCCGCUAGCCUUGCUUUUGAAGCUGGGCGGACCGGAAGUUACUCUGCUUCCUCUCUUCAGCUCUGCAGUGGCGGAAACUCAGGCACUGGAAGAGAGGUUCCGGGCUGGCCAGGGCUGGAGGCGGCGGAAUGGAAGCCGGGACCGAGGACCGGGGACUGACUCGCCGCCCGACCUUGGCCUCCUCCUGGGAUGCGCCGUGCGGGGCCCUGACACAGAGCCUCUUUCUCAGCCGGGGAGGUCUCGGCGCCGGGGAAUUCGACUGGGAGGAGCUGCUGGAGCCGCCUGCUCCCGGCCAGGAUCUGGUGGUUUUGCAGAGGAGCCUGAACAGCCAAGAUGAAAACCCCUGCUUCCUUCACCUGACGUGUAACCCUGAUGGAGGUGAAGAAAUGGUUUCUAUUGGCAUUUUAAGUUCAGCAAGAAAUAUGGAGGUGUACUCAGGAGAAGAGUACUGUGGAACUAGCAGGGGCAGGAAUGUUUGUGCUCUCCUGGAUGACAGCAAACAUGAGAAAAUUAUUUUUUUUAAGAAAUAUUUAAAAUUGGAGUCUUCCACACAUGCUUGUAAAAUAAAGUUGCUCUCCUUUGGUGAAAAGCAGUGUGUAUUCAUCAGUAAAGUUGUGGUGCACAUGAGACCGGUCUCAGCAGAUUCUUCACCAAGCUCUUCCACUCUAGGAUCAAGGAUAGACCUGUACAGGAUUCAAACUGUAAUGGAGACCAUGGGGACAAAGUUAUUACCUGGAGCUGAAGAGUUGACGGAUAUGGUUAGGCUUCAGCAGCGGAAUUGUAUUCCUUUUGGAGAGCACCUUCAGUCAGUUUGGGGAGAUACUGGAUACAAGCAUAUGAUUGGACUACAAUUGUCAUCUACUUCAGGAGCAUUAAAUAAGUCGUCCUUCCCGCCUUUUCCUUUUAGAGCUGGAUUGACACCUGGAAAAGUGACUGAAGAUUUAAAAGCUUACAUUGAUAAAAAUACACAGCCACCUGGUGAAGGAAAUACUGCAAACCUCAAUGCAUGUGAAAGCGUGUGGCAAAGCCAUGGUCUUCUCGAAGAUGACCUUAAAAAUUUAGUAUCCUCUUUCUUACCAAAGAAAGCAAGCGACAACUCAAAUAUACCUACCUCUGAAUUGCUUCAUUUUCUUCAGAAUUUAUGUAGUCAAGUUAACCUUCUUCGUGUGGGAAAUAAUCCUGAGUGUCAGAAAAAGAUUACCAAGCCUGGUAAAGGCAUUGUUGGUGUUGCAGUGGAAGAGCAACCUGUUUGCUCCUACUUGGAAAAGCUUCUUUCUAAAAAUGUGGAACUGAUGGAAAAGAACCUGAUGGACUACAUCGAUCGGCAAAUAUGUAGACUCCAGGAGCACAUAGAUAAUAAGAUCGCUCUACUGGUGGACUUGCUGCAAAACGCCAAGUCCGUAUCUCCUGGGAUGCCUCUAAGACGUUUUGUCUCUGGAGAAACACUUUCAACUGGAGACCGAUAAGCACUCAACGUAUAUAAUACACUACAGAUGUUUAUUACAUAUUAUUACAAAACCAAAACCCAAAAACCUUUAUGGAAAGCAAGUAUUUCAUGCCCUUUCAAGUGUCAUCAUCUUAUGUAAAGUUACCUCAGUGUUCAUUUUUAAUGCAUUCGUUAUUGUAAAUCCAGUAUUGUGCACUAAGAGUCAACAUGAUCGGGUCAUAAGUUAUUUUUGCUAGCAAUAUUUUUCAUUCACACCAACAUUUAUAUAUACUUCUGUGUUGUUUAAGUGUUUAAAUUUAUAAGGAUUUCUAAUGAAGUUCAUUACUUUGUACUGUAUAUGUGUGUAGUUGAAGUACUUUUAUUUAUACAAAGCUCUUAUUUUACAGUUGUAGCAUAUGAAAAAUAAUGCUUAGAGUAUUUGAUAUUUUUGCUUUUUAUAGUUGGUUGUUCUUAGGAAAUUGGAGACUUAAGACUUGGAAACUUUAAUUCAGAUCACCUAUUUAGCUAUGUAUUGUUUAUCUCAGCUAAAUGAUUAGAUGUGUUGUUUGGCACGUGUAAAACUAGUUCACAUCAGUGCUGUUAAUAUAAUUUGUUCUGUCACACUGUAGCAGUAGAUAGAGAAGCAAAACUCAGAGCUGGCCUCUUCCGUGUUAGGAUUAUUACCUUGGAUUUGGUAUUUGAUAUAAGAUAACAGAGAUAGUCUUCGUUAUCUCAGUAAACUCAGAAGGUACGAGGAAGUCUGUCCUUUUUUGUGCUGGGACAGGUGGUUCUUUCCACAGCCCUUUUCUGGUGUGUUUAUCGUGGGAAACGUUGAGGCUCUGCACUGAGGAUUAAAGCAUAUAAUCUUUAAGGAAAUCACAGUUCUCUGUGGCCGCUUAAUUUUCAGAAAUUAUAAAUAUUAAAUAUAUUUUAACAGGUAAUCUAUUUGUAUCUAAAAAUAAAUGCAUUCACUCUGGAAACUACAUAAGUAUAUAGAAAGAUUUCCUUUUCAACUACUCUUUGCUUAAAAUGUUUAUUUUUUAUGAAAAGGAAUUAUUUUAUACUCAUUUAAUGUUUUUUAAAUUGAGGGUUGAUUUAUAUAUGUUCCUUUUUAUCACACUACAAAGUCGACACAGUAUAUGGAACACAUUGUGACCGCAGUCACUUACAGAUGUGUAUGUCACUUUUUCUAGUUCUUUCUAAUUUAUUGAGGCAUUCACAACAUACAUAGCUUUGUGAUAGCAUUUGUUUUGACACAUAGGAGGAAUUGGCUCCUUUGAAGCGAAAACCUUUGGUUAUAAUGGUUUUGUAGCUUCUGGUAGUUGUGGUCUGAUCUUUGAUAUACUUAGUACCUCACUAUGAUUGUACCCACAAUCAUUACACUUAGAGUAAGGACCAUGAAUGAAAAUAGAUGCAGGCUGUUGAAAGGCUAACAAUGAAUUUCUUUCUGCACGUAGUUCGUGCUGAAACAUUGAAAUUGGGAAAGAAGGUCACAUCAUUUAAAAAGGUAAUAUUUGGCAAUGUAAAAUUUGACAAAUUUAUGAUUUCCCCACACAUUCUAUGAGUUUAUGUAUUUGUUAAUAUUUAGAACAAUGCCAACACAACAUAGAGGAACUGUUAUCAAAUAUUUGAAUUAGCUUAGUGUCUGUUUAACAUUCAGAGAAAAUAUACUUAAAUGUAUUUCUUUUUCAAAUGGCUGACAUAGUUAGCUUCCUCAGUGUGAGGUUAAAAACUUGUGAAAUUCAAGCAUCGCAGUCAAGAAGCUAUGCAGGUUUGUUUAAAAAUGGUUAUCAUUUCUCGUCUCUCUAUCUGAUGUACUGUGGUGGGUUGCUCUUGCAAUCCGUCCUGAAGUACAUCUUCAGUCUGUCCUGAAGUACAGUGCUAACAGUGAUAGGAUAAUAUCCAUACACUUACAAGGAACCAGUUAAUUAUUCAAAUUUACGCACCAAACACUAAGGCCAAAGAUGAAGAAAUUGAAGAUUUUUACCAACUUCUGCAAUCUGAAACUGAUCAAACGUACAAUCAAGAUGCAUUGAUAAUUACUGAUGAUUGCAACGCGAAAGUUAGAAACGAAGAAGAAGGAUCCAUAUUUAGAAAAUAUUGCCUGGGUUUACAAAAACGAUGCUAGAGAUCGCAUGAUAGAAUUUUGUAAGAUCAACAACUUACUCAUUGCAAAUACAUCAGAACAUCACAAAUGGCAACUAUACACAUGAACCUGGCUGGAUGGAAUACACAGGAAUCAAAUCAACUACAUCUGUGCAAAGAGAUGAUGGAGAAGCUCAAUAUCGUCAGUCAGAACAAGGCCAGGGGUUUGCUGCAGAACAGACCAUAAUUGCUCAUAUGCAAGUUCAAGUUAAAGCUAAAGAAAAUUAAAACAAGUCCUCGAGAGCCAAAGUACAAUUUUGAGUAUAUCCCACCUGAAUUUAGAGACCGUCUCAAGAAUAGAUUUGACAGAGGAACACUAAUGACCAAAGACCAGAUGAGUUAUGGGAUGACAUCAGGGAUAUCAUACGUGAAGAAAGCAAAAGGUCAUUAAAAAGACAGGAAAGAAAAGAAAAGACCAAAAUGGAUGUCAGAAGAGACUCUGAAACUUUCUCUUGAACAUAGAGUAGCUAAAGCGAACAGAAGAAAUAAAGUAAAAAAGCUGAACAGAAGAUUUCAAAGGGUGACUCAAGAAGACAAAAUAAAGUAUUAAAACGAAAUGUGCAAAGACCUGGAGUGAGAAAACCAAAAGGGAAGGACACACUUAGCAUUUCUUAAGCUGAAAGAACUGAAGAAAAAAUUCAAGCCUCAAGAUGCAAUAUUUAAAGAUUCUAAGGGCAAAAUAGAAACCCUGGUGGUGUAGUGGUUAAGAGCUAUGGCUGCUAACCAAAAUGUUUGCAGUUUGAAUCCACCAGAUGCUUCUUGGAAACCCUAUGGGGCAGUUCUGCUCUGUCAUAUAGGGUAGCUAUGAGUCGGAAUCGACAGCAAUGGGUUUCAGGUUUUAUGGCAAAAUAUCGACUGAUAACAGAAAGCAUCAAAAGAAGGUGGGAGGAAUGGACAGUCACUGUACCAAAAAGAAUUGGUCGAUUGUCAUCCAUUUUAGGAGGUAGCAUAUGAUCAAGAUCCGAUGGUACUGAAGGAAGAAGUCUAAGCUACACUGAAGGCAUUGUUGAAAAACAAGCCUCCAGGAAUUGCCCGAACACCAAUUCAGGUGUUUCAACAAAUGGAUGCAGUGCUGGAGGUGCUGACUCAUCUACGCCAAAAAACUUGGAGAUACCUGGCCAACUGACUGGACGAGAUCCAUUUUGUGUCCAUUCCAAAGAAAGGUGAUCCAACAAAAUGCAGAAAUUAUCGAGCAAUAUCAAUACUACACUCAAGGAACAUUUCAAUGAAGAUAAUUGAAAAUGGUUAGAGCAAUACAUCAACAGGGAACUGCCAGAAAUUUAAGCUGUAUUCAGAAGAGGACGUGGAACAAGGGAUAUCAUUGCUGAUGUCAGAUGGAUCUUGCUGAAACCAGAGAAUACCAGGAAGAUGUUUACCUGUGUUUUAUUGACUAUGCAAAGGCAUUAGACUGUGUGGAUCAUAACAAAUUAUGCAAAGAAUGGGAAUUCCAGAACACUUAAUUGUACUCAUGCAGAGCCUGUACGUAGACCAAAAGGCAGUUGUUUGAACAGAACGAGGGGAUACUUCGUAGUUUAAAAUCAGGAAAGGUGUGUGUAUCAGGAAAGGUGAGGAGCCUAGGGGCACAGUGGUUAAGCGUUUGGCUGCUAAUGAAAAGGUUGGCAGUUUGAAAACAUUAGCCACUCCUUGGAAACCCUGUGGGGCAGUUCUACUUUGUCCUAUAGGGUUGCUAUGAAUCGGAAUUGAAUCGAUGGCAACAGGCUAGGGACUAUAUGAAGAAGAACACGGCAUCAGGAUUAGAGGAAGAUUCUUUAACAGUCUGUGAUAUGCAGAUGACACAACCUUGCUGAAAACGAAGAGGACGUGAAGCACUGAUGAAGGUCAAAGACUACAGCCUUCAGUAUGGAUUACACCUCAACAUAAAACAAAAAUUCUCACAACUGGACCAAUAAGCAACAUCAUGAUAAAUGAAGAAAAGAUUGAAGUUGUCAAGGAUUUCAUUUUAUUUGGAUCCAGAGUCAACACUCAUGGAAGCAGCAGUCAAGAAAUCAAAUGACGUGUUGCUUUGGGCAAAUCCGUUGUAAACGACCUCUUUAAAGUGUUCAAAAGAUGUCAGUCUGAGGACUAAGGUGUGCCUGACCCUAGCCAUGAUAUUUUCAGUCUCCUCAUAUGCAGGGAAAAAUGGACAAUGAAUAAGGAAGACUGAAGAAGAUUUGAUGCUUUUGAAUUAUGGUGUUGAAUACACCAUGGACUGUCAGAGAAUGAAUGAGUCUGUCUUGGCGGAAGUACAGCCAGAGUGUUCCUUGAAAGCAAGGAUGGUGAGAAUUCCUCUCACUUACUUUGGACACGUUAUCAGGAGGGACCAACCAGCCUGUACAGAAGAACAUCAUGCUUGGUCAAGUAAGAGGGUCAUCGAAAAAGAAGAAGACCCUUGAGAUGGAUUGACACAGUGGCUGCCACAACGAGCUCAAGCAUAACAAUGAGGAUGACACAGGUCUGGGCGGUGUUUUGUUCUAUUGUACAUAGGGUCGCUGUGAGUUGGAACUGACUCGAUGACACCUAACAACAACCCUAUAAUUAUCAAACCUUCCCUGGUGGUAAGUGGAGUCCAGAGUUCUCGAGAACUAAUCCAGAAUGCUUCUCUCAGAAUGUUUAAGUCGGAGAGUGACAUGAUCAGCUCUGUGCCUUGGAAAGAAAUCAGAGUGGAGCUUUCCCCAAGAUCCUACUUGCAGAACUUCUUGCUUUGGGUCCCAACAGAGUUUAGGUGCUGUGAAUGUGGAAUCAUGUAACACCUGAUUGCCUGACCCGUUAGGUCAGCUAGUCUAACACGGUGUACCUGGAGAUAAUCAGAUUGGCCCCAUCUGCCUCACCUGGGAUCUGCUUAGAAAUACAAAUUCAUGAGCUCCACUUCAGUAUCCCUGAAUCUGCUUCUCUUUGGCUUGGGCCCAGGAAUCUGUGAUUUAAAAAGCCUCUAGAUGAUUCUUAGGCGUAUCAAAUUUGAGAACUGCUCUCACAGAGAAGUCACUGAGGGAAUAGCCUCAGGCUCAAGUUUACAACCCAGGGCAGGUUAGGGUGUGAACUUCGGUGCCUACAGAAGACACUUCUGAAGAUUUGUGUUUAAAUGAGAAUAUACGGGUCCUAGAAGAGAAGAAAUGGAAAAUAAGGCAGCUCUUUGAAUUCCUGAGGAAAUGGAAUUCUUGAAACGUGAGUCAGAUGAUGAGUUAUUUGGGAACAUAGUCAUUUUUACUGCAGACUUUCUCUAGAAGAAAAGAGGUUCUGUGGAAACUUUAAUAUUUUUACUUUUCCACCUUCCAUCUGGAUCCAGGCUGUGAGGCCGAGGACACCGGUGGCUGCAGAAGUGACUCUAGCAAGAGGGGUUUUUCACCGUGGUGUCAAUUGCUUAUAUCGGCAUUGCAAUUUGCAAAGUGUUGGCACAUCUGUUAUUUAAAAACCUCUCAAAGACCAACUACCUCCACCACUGGGGCCUCUGCCAGCAUCAUUGUCAAACCACAGAACAUUCGUUAUCAUCUCCUCACUUUGGAGACGUAACUGACGAGGCAGGUGAAGUGCUUUGCCAAGGCCUGUGACUAAUAAACGAUGAGGAGCCUGUUCCCUUGCCCAUGAGACUGUAUGUGGACCCCUCUUAAUUAGAAUUGGCUUCCUUCCUUAUUUAAUAUCCAAGUAUCUCUUCUUCCUCUGCCACCUUUCUGAAGGUAAAGCAAAACUUGGCAUCUCCCCAGUUGUCCUUCCCUCACAUCCCCACUUCCUCCUCCCUAAAGGGGGUCCCAUGCCAUGCAUUGCAAAGGGCAGCACAGGAGUUUGGAGUUUUCGGCCCAUUUUGUCAGGGUCUCUCCAAAUGCCCCCAAAGGACAUACUUCAAGGAGGCUUAGAGGAACACACAAGAGAGUAUGAAAAGCCUGCAUUGGCCUUCCGCCCUAGUCACUCACCAGCUGUGUAAUUUCGGACAAAUGAUUUAACCUUUCCAGACCUCAGUUUUCUGGUCUGUAAAAUGGAAAUAUCAUGGCCUGCCUCAUACUCUUGUGUGAGGUUUGUAACAUUCUGAACAUGAAGCACCUACCGCAGGCCUGGCACCCAGGCAGUGUCCAGUAAAUGCUCCAUAUUAAAUUCCCCCUCCCUCACUCGUCCCAUGCUUUUAUUCUCUCUUCCUCUCUCCCUACACAGCAAGAAUCCUGUACGUGUUCCUAGUGGCUCUGCCAUUCUAGGAAAUUUGAAAGUUCCCUUGUGUUUCCUUGAGGGUCUCUGCCAACUUCAUUGGUACAGAGCUGUGGUUCUCCAAGUGUGGUUCCCAGACUGUCAGUUUCACCAGGGAACUUGUUAGUGCAGGUUCUGAGGUCCCAUCCACACCUACUGAAUCAGGGACUCUGGGGGUGGGUCCAGCAAUUGUGUUUAACAAGGCCCCCAGCUGUGUCACCGCUCACCCCAGUCUGAGGCCCCUGGUAUAGAAUAGAGUAAGGGGCAGGCUCUGGAGCCAGCUUGCUUGGACUCAGUUUCUUUCCCAUUUCUAUUAGUAUGUGGCCCUGGGCAUGUAAGGUGACUUUUCUGGCCUUAGGUUGUGUCUACCCCAGAGGGUUGUUGAGAGGAUUAACUGGGGCAGCUCUGGAAAGCUCUGAGAGUGGCUGGAGUGUGGUACUUGUCCUCAGGCUUGGCUCAUGCUGGGGUCACCUGGACACUUUUAAAAAACUCUUGUGGCUCUAUAAUUCUUCCAAAAUACAAAGCUUAAUAUUAAAGAAAAUACGGAUGUCUGGGUAUCAGUUGAAGAAUUUUAUGGCUGACUCAGCAAAAAUCAUCAGCAACCCAGGAGGAAAGCUGCUUCCGUGGAGCUGGGGAUGGCAGGAGGCAGUCUCAGGUUUUCCAAAUGUCUCUUCAGGCCAUUGAGCUCAACCCAGAGACGUUCUGUUGGCUCUUUCUGCUCACUCUCUAUACGAACAAAGUUCCCCUUCGGGACAAUGUGCCAUAAUUAUCUGGGGUCCAGUAGCUGGAUGAGGGUGAAUAAGAGUCCCCAGAAGGAGAAGAACUGAGAGAACCGCUCCGGCUUGGGAAGUUCAGCAGAGCUGAACACGGAAAUACUCUGGGAUCUGUGUAGAUUGCCUCCUGGGUUGGAGACAUACUGGAUACUUUGCUGGACCAGAGUCGUGGCCAGGAGCCAUGGAGGAGGCAAGAGUCCCACACAUGCCCCAGACCUAGAGCAGUGGCAUUGACAGAGCCCCUGAAUAAGGCAGUGGGUCUUGCAGCCUCCCCCGAAGUUCCAGGCAGAGCUUGGUGAGUGCUUCCCUCCUUGGCUCCUGCGGACCAAAAGCACAGGAUGGUGGGGUGGGAGAGGGGACACCAGACAGCCUGUCAAGGAAGUGCUGCAGAGGCUUUUUCAAGGUUGUAUGGCCCACAUUCCAUCUUUGCAUGGGACCCAGCUCGCAUACAGAGGAGGGGCUGGGGAAGAUGCCUGUCAUGGAGGGAGUAAGGCAUAUUGCAGAAUCCCUGAGCCAGAGUGAGCCUGGCCUCGGGACCAAGGGGGCUUUUGGACAGUAGCAGUUUGAGAUGUUUCCUCUUAGUUGUGCUCUUGAGCUGAGCUAGAGCAUGUGUCUAUUUAAAUGUAAAGCAAUUAAACUUAAAUGCAAUUAAUUAAAAAUUCAGCUGGUCAGUUACUAGGCAAGUUUCCAGUGCUCAGAAACUCUGAUGUGGCUCCUGGCUAUCAUGUUACACAGUGCAGACAGAGCAUUUCCUGGGCUGCCCCAUGGCUGGCUGGAUGGGCCAACCCUCUGCCUCCCUCAGGACCUGCUCAGGCGCUGACCUGGGAGGGUAUGCUCACGUGCCUCCUCCCCCUGACCCCCCAUAUUCUGUGUCCCUAUAUUUUUUAUCCCUGUGCUGUGCCUCUAUUGACCUCUGAAUCUCCUUUGGCACCAGGAUUUCCAUCCAGGCUGUGACUUUGCCCCUGAGCAGACACUCGGCUGGAGCUGCGGAACCCAGGUUUUGCAUCUGAGCCUUUCUUCGCUGACACCCCUACUUUAGACACAGGAGGAGCUCAGGUAAACAUGCAUUGUAAUGAAUUAACUGUGGAUUUUGUUUGCCUGCUUUUCAUGUGACUACAAAUGGUUUCUUCUGUUAGCUUUACUCACUUCCUGCCCAGCUCAGCACCAAGUGGCAUGUCACCUUGGAUGAGUGAAGUUGUCCUGAGGAGCCAGGCUGUGGGCACCUCCCUGUGAACAGACCCCCUCACCUCCUGGCCCCAUGGUGCCCCUGCUGACUUGAUUGCUCUGUGAUCAUUCUGGGGGGGGUCAUGCCUUAGGGCUUGUCUAAACUUAGUUUUCAGAAGCUUUUAAUUUUUUCGUUGCUGGCCCGUGGUGCCAUGCCCUCCCCUCCUGUAAAUUAUUCACAUGCCCUCUUUUUAUUGUUCAGAGAGUCCUUUUUAUAUUGCAAUAUAAUAUUGCAGCUAGGUGCCUCAAGUUCCAGUGUGGGUGAGACAUACAUUUAAAUAAAGGAGAUUUGUAACUAACAAAAAAUACCAAAACAGGAUUGUUUUCAGUGUUGCAUAUUUAUACAAAAGUACUUAAGUAUAAUGUUUCUUAGUAUA